GCGCAGUUCCAGGAAGAACCCGAGGGCGGGCUCUCCGCCCGCUAUAAGAGGCCUCCCCGGGCGGCCCCGGCAGCUUCACCGCCGUCCGCCGCCGCGGCCCGAGCCCCGGCCGCCACCGAGACCGGCACUGCGCCCCAGGUGAUGGUGUAGCGGCCGCUGCUCCCGGCAGCAGCACCCCGAGCGCGCAAAGCUGGCUCCGUGCGCCAUGGUCACCCACAGCAAGUUCCCCGCCGCCGGGAUGAGCCGCCCCCUGGACACCAGCCUGCGCCUCAAGACGUUCAGCUCCAAGAGCGAGUACCAGCUGGUGGUGAACACCGUGCGCAAGCUGCAGGAGAGCGGCUUCUACUGGAGCACGGUGACGGGAGGCGAGGCCAACGUGCUGCUGAGCGCCGAGCCCGCCGGCACCUUCCUCAUCAGGGACAGCUCGGACCAGCGGCACUUCUUCACCCUCAGCGUCAAGACGGAGUCGGGCACUAAAAACCUGCGCAUCCAGUGCGAGGGCGGCAGCUUCUCUCUGCAGAGCGACCCCCGCAGCAACCAACCCGUGCCCCGCUUUGACUGCGUGCUGAAGCUGGUGCACCACUACAUGCCGCCCACCCCCUGUGCCGGACCCGAGCAGCCCGGAGGGGCCCUGCACCCCAAACGCACCUAUUACAUUUAUUCGGGUGGAGAGAAGAUCCCGCUGGUGCUCAGCCGCCCGCUCUCCUCCAGCGUCUCCACUCUGCAGCACCUCUGCCGCAAGACUGUCAACGGGCACCUGGACUCCUAUGAGAAGAUGACUCAGCUGCCAGCUCCUAUCAAGGAGUUUCUGGACCAGUACGAUGCCCCCCUCUAAGGGGCUGGCAGAGGGAGAUCACGCUACAAGCACAAGAGCAGGGGACGGGCGCGAUGCCCGUGGCAGCAGGGACACGCAGGGCACGAGCAGCCUCUCCCCAUGCAAGGAGAGGAGUGCAGGGGAUGAGCUGCUGAGGACCCGGGGCUGAGCCUUGCAGCCCUUGUUGUGGGGGAUGCUCCGGGGCAAUGGGGCCGCUCCGGUCGGACUGUGGGUGCUGUAGUGCAGCCCAGGAUGUACCCGCUAGGACUGUGCUGGAGUUGUGCUGGAGUUGUGCCCAAGAGAAGGACGUGCACCGGAGUCCAGCUGGUGCCUGACGCUGUUCCUCGGUUUUAAGGGGAAAGUGGUUUUUGCCCAUACUGUACUUUACCUCUUGCUGCCUCCUUGUGGAAGCUCCUUUCACACCAGGCCCCAGGCUUGGAGGUUGCUGCCUUUUUGCCCUCGUUGCCAUUAUCCAGGAGACUAAGCCUUAAUAUUCUCCCAGUCUGGGUUACUGCACAUCGUUCAGAGAUGCUGGAAAGUAACGGUCCUGGUAGCACACCGUGAAGCCAGAGGGAAACAGUCGGUCCUGAUGCCAUGAUGGAAUCCUGCGUGCUCACACCUGCGUGGAAGCUGAAGGGCUGUGGUAUCAGCACUGCUCUGUCACUCCUGAGCAUGGCACACUGCUCCAUGGGGCACCGGAUCCUAUGGGAUCACAGCAGGAGGAUGCCCUGAGUGCACCCCUCAUCUGCGUCCGCCUGGAGAAGCAGUUGGGUGGUUGGUUUGGGGGUUGGUUUGGUCUUUUUUUGGCUUUUUUGGCUUUUUUUCUUUCUUUUUUUUUUUUGAACCGAAGGGAUGUUUACAGGCCUACGUGAAUCACUGUCUUUUAUAAAGAUUCCAUCUUCACCUCCAGCCUUGAGGGCUGAGCAAAACCAUGCUUGAAAUUCAACCAAAACGAAACUCAGAUGAAACUUUGCACAUAUUUAUAUUUAUAUUCAGAAAGGAAAUGUUUCCAUAAUUUAUAAUAAAGAGCACUAUUUUUUAAUGAA